AGGAGGGGAGCGGCGGCAGCGGCGGCGGCGGCGCGAUGGCGGAGCCGGCCGGAGCGCGGGAAAGCGGGGAACCGAGCCAGCCGGGCCAGCCGGGCCGCCGGGCCCUGUACUUCUGCGGGAGCGUCCGAGGCGGGCGCGAGGACCGGGCGCUGUACGGGCGGAUCGUGUCUCGGCUGCGGCGCUUCGGGGCGGUGCUCACGGAGCACGUGGCGGCCGCCGAACUGGGAGCGCGCGGAGAAGAGGCUGCUGGGGGUGACAGGCUCAUCCAUGAGCGGGACCUAGCCUGGCUGCAGCAGGCAGAUGUGGUGGUGGCCGAAGUGACCCAGCCGUCAUUGGGUGUGGGCUACGAGCUGGGCCGGGCUGUAGCCCUCAACAAGCGGAUCCUGUGCCUCUUCCGUCCGCAGUCUGGCCGAGUGCUUUCAGCCAUGAUCCGGGGAGCGGCAGACGGCUUGAGGUUCCAGGUGUUGGACUACGAGGAGGGCCAGGUGGAGGCCAUGCUGGAUCGCUACUUUGAGGGUGACCCUCUCUAGCAGGUGGCUGCCUCCCCUGACCCAGCUGCUUGACUUAACCCCACUUUGUUAAUUCUUCUCUGCCCUCGUACCCCUCCUACCUCUUAGCCCCAGUACCAAAUUAAAAGUUAUGUUUAAAAUUCUA